CUGCUUUCAGAUGUGGUGAAGAGCCUGUAUUUUCCCCUGUGCGAUAUAUAGUGCCUUAAAAAAUGGGGUUUGGAGGUGACCUGAAGUAUUCUCAUGAUGCUUUAUUAAAACUGCAAGACUGGGAACUACGACUGCUGGAAACGGUGAAGAAAUUUAUGGUCAUGCGCGUAAAAAGUGAUAAGGAGUAUGCCUCCACUUUACAGAAUCUUUGUAAUCAAGUAGAUAAAGAGAACACUUGUCAAUUGGAUUAUAUCAGCAAUGUGUCCAAGUCUUGGUUGCUUGUGGUACAGCAAACAGAACAGCUGAGCAAAAUAAUGAAGACACAUGCAGAGGAUCUUAAUUCUGGGCCUUUGCAUAGGCUUACAAUGAUGAUCAAAGAUAAGCAGCAAGUUAAGAAGAGUUAUGUAGGUGUUCAUCAACAAAUUGAAGCAGAGAUGUACAAGGUCACAAAGACUGAACUAGAGAAACUAAAAUCUAGCUAUAGACAACUAAUAAAAGAAGUAAAUUCUGCCAAAGAAAAGUAUAAAGAAGCUGUGGUUAAAGGAAAGGAGACUGAGAAAGCCAAAGAUCGGUGUGAUAAAGCCACUAUGAAGCUUCAUAUGUUGCAUAAUCAGUAUGUGUUGGCACUGAAAGGAGCACAGUUACAUCAGCACCAGUAUUAUGAUACUACACUUCCUCUGUUACUUGAUUCACUACAGAAGAUGCAAGAAGAAAUGAUUAAAGCCCUAAAAGGAAUCUUGGAUGAAUAUAGCCAGAUCACCAGUCUUGUAACAGAAGAGAUUGUGAAUGUCCAUAAAGAGAUCCAGACCUCAGUUGAACAGAUAGACCCUAACUCUGAGUAUAAUGACUUCAUAGAUACUCACAGGUCAUCAGAAGUUGUUGAACAAGAAAUAGAGUUUGAUACAUCUUUACUAGAAGAAAAUGAAAACCUUCAAGCUAAUGAGAUCAUGUGGAAUAAUCUAACAGCAGAAAGUUUACAAGUCACGUUAAAAACAGUAAUAGAAGAACUGAUUCAGACACAGCAAACCCUUCUGAGCAAAGAGGAACUUGUGUUGGAACUAGAGAAAAAAAUAGAAGAGUCCUCUAAGACUUGUGAAAAGAAGUCUGAUAUUGUACUCUUGCUGAGCCAAAAGCAAGCACUGGAAGAACUUAAGCAAACAGUUCAGCAAUUAAGAUGCUCUGAGGCAAAAUUUGCAGCCCAGAAAGAAUUACUGGAACAAAAGGUUCAAGAGAAUGAUGGGAAAGAGCCACCACCUGUAGUGAAUUAUGAAGAAGAUGCCAGAUCAGUCACUUCUAUG